AGCAAAUAUCUUGGGAAAAUGUUACUCUUCUCAUUCAUUUUGUUGCAGAGCGUUUGUAAGUGAUCGAGUUUGCCAGGCUAAGUAUUGUACGCAGAAUAGCGUUGAAACAUUCCGAUGAAGCAAAUUCUUAUUUCAAGCUAACGGAACGAACGAGGCCACGGACUCCGAAUCAUUCCAAAGGAUUUUGUGGAUUGCGAAAUGCCCAUAAUAAUGGGAGAUAUCAAUAAUGUUACCGUUCCGGAAGGCAAAGAGUGCUCCUUCACAUGUAUUGUAAAGAACCUCGGUGGAUACAAGGUGGCUUGGCUUCGCUACGAUAAGAAAGCCUUAUUAGCCAUUCAUGACCACGUGAUUGCCAGCAAAGGGAAGAUCCACGUGACCCAUAACGACAAGGAUACGUGGACCUUGACAAUCCGGCAUGUUAAUCUCCAAGAUGCUGGAUUUUAUAUGUGUCAAGUGAAUUCAAAACCAAUGUUGAGCAAGGUAGCUUUCUUAAAUGUCGUUGUUCCUCCUUAUAUUGACGACAACAAAAGCACGAAAGAUAUCAGCACCGUCGAGGGCAAAAAUGUGCAUCUCAAGUGUUCGGCCAAUGGUAAUCCCGAACCCAAGAUCGUGUGGAAAUAUGCUGAUACGCAAAGAGGGCAUAAAUUGAAAGUCCUGCGCAAAGGAGAGACGCUUGUUAUCUACAAUGUGACACGUUAUGAUAUGGGCUACUACAUGUGCAUUGCCAAGAAUGGGGUGCCUCCUGCUCGAAGUAAAUCCAUCCGUGUUCAUGUCAGUUUCAGACCCGAAGUUCACAUACCCAAUCAAGUGAUUGGGUCCCCUUUACGAACUAACAUCACUCUAAGAUGUGAUGUGAGCGCAUUUCCCAAACCUAUCAUGUAUUGGAGUGAUGAGAGAGGCAACAUUCAUGUGUCUAAUACCAAAUACAUAGUAGAGGAGAUCUUCCAUGAGACAUUUAAAGCUUCCAUAUCCAUGACCAUCCUAAAUGUGGGCAAAAGUGACUAUCAAACCUACCAAUGUGUGGCUAAAAACACCAUGGGAGAAAAUCAAGAGUUAAUCAAACUUUACGAAAUUCAUCGACCCUAUGAGGAGAGUACGUCAAAACCCAUGAUUACCACCACUCCAGAGCAAGAGGCUGAUCAAGAUACCUUCUUUACCACUCAAAUGUGGACCCGACCAGGGCAUUUGCCUGAACAAAAGCAACCUUCUCCACAUCUAUCGAAUUCAAGUCAUAUCAUCUACGAGGCCUUGGCCAAUUUGAAGACGGCUUUAGCGGUUUUCCUUGUACGUUUGCUCAUUUUAUAAUCAAUCAAAUUCCAUAUCCUUAUGACGACAUAUCUUGUGCAACCAUAUCUUGAGUGAGUCUCGCCAAAGUCAAAUAUAUAUCCAGUUACAGCUUUC